AUUUAAAUCUCACUCUCUCUCUUCUUUCCAUCACUAGCCUUAAAACGAUCUCUCUCUCUCUACUCUCUAGGUUACAAUCACUCUGAGUGGUAAAAUCAUACAUUACAUUUUAUUGUUUUGGUAUAGAUCUUGAGGAAUUUUGAUGUGUUGUUCAGUUUGAAAUCCGGGGAAGGGAUUCAGAUCGGAAUCGGGAGAUGACGGAUGACGGUGGUUUGUCGGUUCCGACGACGUAUCCGUCGUUGACGGUGUCGGCGUCUUAUAAGGAGAGUAGUAGUGGUGGUGGUGGGAAAAGUUCGGCGAGGAGGAGACCUGUUAGGCCUAGUUUUGAUGCUGCUGCUGAUAAUGAGCUUAUUACUUUGCUUCAUGGUUCGGAUCCAGUUAAGGUUGAGCUUAAUCGGCUUGAGAAUGAAGUUAGAGAUAAGGAUCGAGAAUUAAGCGAAGCACAUGCUGAGAUCAAAGCUUUGAGGUUAUCUGAGAGGCAAAGAGAGAAAGCUUGUGAAGAGCUUACUGAUGAGCUUGCUAAGCUGGAUGGGAAGCUCAAGUUGACUGAAUCCCUUCUCCAGAGUAAAAAUCUAGAAAUCAAAAAGAUUAAUGAGGAGAAGAAGGCUUCCAUGGCUGCUCAGUUUGCUGCUGAAGCCACUUUGAGAAGGGUCCAUGCUGCUCAGAAAGAUGAUGACAUGCCUCCGAUUGAAGCCAUUCUUGCCCCAUUAGAAGCUGAACUUAAGCUUGCACGCUCUGAGAUUGGGAAGCUUCAAGAAGAUAACAGAGCAUUGGAUCGUCUCACUAAAUCAAAAGAAGCUGCAUUACUUGAUGCUGAGAGGACUGUUGAAACUGCUCUGGCAAAAGCUGCUUUAGUUGAUGAUCUUCAAAAUAAGAAUCAAGAGUUGAUGAAACAAAUAGAAAUCUGUCAGGAAGAAAACAAAAUUCUAGACAGAAUGCAUAGACAAAAAGUUGCUGAGGUGGAAAAGCUUACUCAGACUGUACGGGAGCUGGAAGAGGCUGUUCUUGCUGGUGGUGCUGCAGCAAAUGCCGUGAGGGAUUACCAGCGGAAAUUUCAAGAGAUGAACGAAGAACGAAAAACUCUUGACCGCGAACUUGCGCGUGCAAAGGUUACAGCAAACAGAGUUGCGACGGUGGUUGCAAAUGAAUGGAAAGAUGGUAAUGACAAAGUGAUGCCUGUGAAGCAAUGGCUUGAAGAAAGAAGGUUUCUACAGGGAGAAAUGCAGCAACUUCGCGACAAGCUUGCCAUUUCAGAUCGAGCUGCAAAAUCUGAAGCACAAUUAAAAGAUAAAUUUCAACUACGACUUAAAGUGCUUGAAGAGACACUGAGAGGCACCUCAAGUAGCAGUUUUAGGAGCACGCCCGAGGGAAGAAGCAUGAGUAAUGGACCCUCUCGAAGGCAGUCACUUAGUGGAUCAGAUAAUUUACAAAAGUUCGCAUCAAAUGGCUUUUUGUCAAAGAAAACACCGAUGAGAAAUUCAUUUAAUUCCACCUCGGUAUUGAAGAAUGCGAAAGGAACAUCCAAGUCAUUUGAUGGAGGCACAAGAUCAUUGGAUAGAGGCAAAGCACUCUUAAACGGACCUGGGAAUUAUUCAUUCAACAAGGCUUGUGACGAACCCAAAGAACCAGAGUCGCCUAAUACCUGGAAAGAAAAUUCAGAGGAAAAGCCACCAAGCGAACUCCCUGCACCAACAACUGAAGACAAUGUCCCAGGUGUUUUGUACGAUUUACUACAGAAAGAAGUAGUAGCCUUGAGAAAAUCUUCACAUGAAAAGGAUCAAAGCCUCAAAGACAAGGAUGACGCCAUAGAGAUGUUAGCAAAAAAGGUUGAAACUUUAACAAAGGCAAUGGAGGUUGAAGCAAAAAAAAUGAGAAGAGAAGUAGCUGCGAUGGAGAAAGAGGUUGCUGCAAUGCGUGUUGAUAAAGAUCAGGAUAACAGAGCUAAAAGGUCUUCAAACACCAAGCCCUCAUCCAACACCGCCCAGAUUCUUGCAGCAAGAGCUGCUGGCCGAAGUGGGUUAACGAGGAGUACACAAUGAGAUGAGGAAGGAGAGUGGUUCUUAUGAGUAAAACCGUUAUAGGCUGGUGUGCUUUUUAAGCUCUUUUAACCUUGCAUCUUCUUAUUUUACUCUGCUUUCUUACAUCCUCUGUGAUUUAUUGUAUUACCAUAGAACUUAAGGAUGAAAAAGAUGAGUAUGCCUUCUGACUUAGAUCGGCUUACACUGCUUAGCAAUGACGGGAAAAAACAGGAAGGAGAGAUGUUUGACAUUUUGGCAUAACAUUUUCUAUCCUACGGAAGUAGUUUGUCUGGCUGUAUAGGUUUUUUUUUAGCUUUGUAUUGGAAAUUUGCGUACUUGUUCUGUUUCUUCAUUCUAUACUUAAAAGUGUUGUGUGAUUA